UCGUUUAUGUUCCUUCUUCUUCCGUCUCUCUCAACAAAAUUCUCUUUAUAUUUUGCUUAAAUAUCCAUUUUUUCCCCUUUUUUAUUUGGGCAAUAAAAAGAAUUUAAAUUUCAAAUACACUAUUGUUAAGUUUCUUAAUAGUUAAGAUUUUUUUAUAAGACAAAAAGAAUUAGGUAUAUUUCAAGAUUAAUUUUUUUAAAUAUAUCUGAAACUUAAUUACUCAGAUCCGAAAAUCACUCGAUUUGUAGCUUUGGACUAACCCAUUUUGAUAAUUUUGUUUUUUUGUUGUUUUGGGCGUUUCUUGUUUGCAUUUACUGUGUGAUUUGAAUUGAAAUUUACUUGUUUUUUUUUUUUUUUGCAAUUAAAUUACAGCAGAAAUUGGAGUUUCUUGCAUCAAGAUUCAUUUUUUGAAUCAAUUUCUCUAUAUAUUCAGUAUUUGGUUUGUUAUUCUAUCUUUAAUUGCAUUCAUUGCACUUACAUUCUUGAUUUUCUUACAAUGUGGGUUGGUGUUAGGUGAGGAUUCUUGUAUUCUGGGAUCUGGGGUUGUUGGGGUUCUUGUUUUAGGUUGUUGGUGUGAAUUUUCUUGAUCCCAUUUGAAUCCCCAGGCUUACUUUUCUUUCUUUGAGGUACCGAUCCAUUUUUUCGCGUGUAGAAUAUAAUUGUUGUAUGGUUGGGGAUUAAUCUACAUUGGUUGAUUUGGGGUCUCCGGUGAUUCGAGAGAAAUGCUGGUUGGAAUUAAGCUAAAUGCCAGAGACAUUAAGUGAAAAUGGAUUGAAUUUUGUGUUAGGAAUAGGAUCUUGUGCUAGAUUUAGAUUUGGUUACUAUGGGUUGUGUUUCCUCAAAGGGGGUUAAAAGGAAUGGUGGCAGGAAACGAAAGAAGGAGAAAGAAAAAAAGAAAUCUUCAUCGAAUAGACUUAUUGCAUCGGACAAGGAGGAGGAGGAUUUGGUGGAGGAUGAUGAUAAUGGUGGUAAUGAUGCGACUACGAGGCUUAUAUCAACAGAGCCAAUUGAGAAAAGUGCAGGUUCCACUCCACCUGCUUGGGACGAGGAAGAGAAGAAGCCUAUAGUUUUUGAGAAACCUGAAGUGCCAAAGGUGCAAAGAUUGGCAGUAACGAAUGCCACUGAGGUUGUUGGAGGACAACCUCAGAUAAAUAGAGUAUUCAAUGUUCGGAAUGGAGUUGAUGGUGCACAAGUUGUUGCUGGAUGGCCAUCAUGGCUUACUACCGUGGCUAGUGAAGCUAUCAAAGGCUGGCUUCCUCGGAAGGGAGAUUCAUUUCAGAAGUUGGAUAAGAUUGGCCAAGGUACAUAUAGCUGUGUGUACCGAGCCAAAGACCUGGAAACUGGAAAGAUUGUUGCAAUGAAGAAAGUACGAUUUGUCAACAUGGACCCAGAGAGUGUUCGUUUUAUGGCUAGGGAAAUUCUUAUACUUCGCAGACUAGAUCAUCCAAAUGUUAUGAAGCUUGAAGGUCUUGUGACCUCUCGCGUUUCAGGCAAUCUGUAUCUUGUCUUUGAAUACAUGGAACAUGACCUUGCAGGUCUUGCAGCAUCACUAGAUGUCAAAUUUACUGAAGCUCAGAUUAAAUGUUACAUGCAACAGCUUCUCCGUGGACUUGAACACUGUCAUAGUCGUGGUGUCCUUCACCGUGACAUCAAGGGUUCGAAUCUUCUGAUCGACAAUAAUGGUAACCUCAAGAUUGGCGAUUUUGGGUUGGCAACUCUUUACCAAAACAAUCAAAGGCAACCUCUAACAAGUCGUGUAGUUACUUUGUGGUAUCGUCCUCCCGAGCUUUUGCUUGGUGCUACAGACUAUGGAGUGGCUGUAGAUUUAUGGAGUACUGGUUGCAUUGUCGCUGAAUUGUUUGCAGGAAAACCUAUAAUGCCAGGAAGAACUGAGGUGGAACAGCUACACAAGAUUUUUAAACUUUGUGGUUCACCAUCUGAAGAAUACUGGAAGAAAUCAAAAUUGCCACAUGCGACGAUCUUUAAACCUCAACAGCCAUAUAAGCGCUGCCUUGCCAAUACAUUCAAGGACUUCCCUCCAUCAGCUUUAGUACUUUUGGAUUCUCUCCUGGCUUUUGAACCUGAGUAUCGAGGUUCUGCUACUUUGGCACUUCAAAAUGAGUUCUUCACAACAAAGCCUCUUCCGUGUGAUCCAUCAUCUUUACCCAAGUAUCCUCCAAGCAAGGAAUUUGACGCUAAGAUGAGAGAUGAGGAAGCUAGAAGGCAAAGAGGUGGAGGUGCCAAAGGAUCUGGACUUGAAUCUAAUAGAAAGAUCGCAAAACAGUCAAAAGCAGUACCAGCGCCUGAUGCUAAUGCUGAGCUACCAGCAUCCAUACAGAAGUGGAAGCAGCAGUUAAAUCCCUCAAGCGUUAGUGAGAAGUACAAUCGUGAAGACGAUGGUGGUUCUGGUUUCUCUUUUGAUCCCAGCAGAGGAUCUUUAUAUAAUGGCCAUUUAUCACAAGUCGGUGAUUCUGGAAAUUCCAUAAACACAAAUACCAAUGGACAUGGCCCUCUUAUGAGUUCUCAACGAGCAUUCGACUCCUCAAGAUUUGGAGAAUUAAGUGCACACAAGUCCUUCAGACCUCACGGUUCAGCAGCUCAUUUGUCCAGGUUCUCCAAUUCUGUUGCAGCGCAUGGUAGUUCAAGAUUUGAUAUGAGCAGGGAGGUCAGUACCCACUCACAGUGGCCUGAAGAGCACAUGAAUGGGAAGUAUAACCAGCUUAAUGAUCCUGACUCAUCCUACUCUCUUUUGGGGAAAGACUCUUCCAAUAAGAAGGACAAACAUGCAAUAGGAAAGGAGUCUGCGGCGGCUUAUAUUCCAAAGAAGAACCGAAUCCACUACUCUGGACCUUUGAUGCCACCCGGUGGAAACAUCGAUGAAAUGCUCAAAGAGCAUGAGAAACAAAUUCAGCAGGCUGUCCGUAAAGCUCGUCUUGAGAGAAAUAAGAUAAAGAAUGAAUAUAUUGACAAUGGGCAAAAGGAAUCACUCUUACACCAUAUGAGCAAUGGUCGGUGAAUUGUAGAGGAGGAAGAAGAUGCAACCUUUUGAUGUGUUACAGAACUCUAGCCAAUGGUAGAGUUUCAUGAAUCAAGGAAGCAAAAUCAAUCCCAACCUACAAAAAUCACCGCAGCAAGAGAAAAUCUCUACUCACAUGGAUCUCCCAAGUCUUUUUGGCCUAUACUAAAAGUAAUACUUAGCAGAAUGCACAGUAUACAUUUCCAGAAUCAUAUCCCUAACCUCCUCUUGUAACGGCCCUUAGAAUGAAAAGAGAGCAAUUCUUUGGAUAUUGUAUUAUGGGGGUAAUUCCUUUGGUGGGUGGUGUAGGUCUUGGGAAGUAUUGUUGUACAGAUGGUCACUUCUUCAUGUAGAGGACAACCCUUUUCUUUUUCCCAAAUUUGUAGGAAUUUUGCAACCUCAAGCCAGUAACUAGCCUUGGAAUACUACACAGAUUCAUCAAUAUAUGAUGGUAGGAUCUUAACAUUUAGUAUCAAAUUAUCUGUU